AUGAGCAAGGUGCUCCAGAUGGCCUUCAAGCCCGUCGAGUGGAUCUUCAAUUGGCCGGACAAGGACAACCUCUUCUUGUCCAAGGUCUACGCCCCGGUAGACGAAGAGACGACCAGAGCAUGCGAGGUCGUGGGAGCGCUUCCAGAGGCUCUGAACGGAACGCUGGCUCGGAACGGGCCAAACCCCAAAUUCAAACCGAAGGCCGGCUAUCACUGGUACGACGGAGAUGGCAUGGUUCACAGCGUCCAGAUCAAGGCCGGAAAGGCAACGUACUCCAACCGGUAUGUGAGGACGGAGAAGCUAAGGGCCGAGGAGGAGGCGGGCGAACCCGUGGCCAUGAACUUCGGAGACAUGGCGUCUAUGGUGGUCAUCCCGAAGAUGUUACUUAGCUCUCUUAAGGUCAAGCUCGGGAUAGUCCCUGACUUGGAUGCCGCUCUGGAAACGACCGCCAACACCAGCCUCGACUUCCACGCAGGUCGUCUCUUUGCGCUAUGUGAGGGAGGUCUUCCAUACGCCCUCCGCGUCAUGUGUGACGGGGUGAUUGAGACGAUCGGUCAGGCUACUUUCGACGGCCAGAUGAAGGCACCGUUCACGGCUCACCCCAAGAAAGACCCGGACACUGGCAAGCUGCACGCGUUUGGCUACCAGUUCAAGGACAACACCAAGCCGUACGUCACCUACUACGUGUUGGACACGAACGGAAAACUGGAGCGUCAGUUUCCCAUUGUGGGCAUCAAGAGGCCUAUCAUGAUGCAUGACUUUGCAAUCACGAAGAACUACGCAGUUUUCCUGGACUUCCCACUAUUGUUUAAGCCGGAGCUGAUCCUGGCGGGGAAGGUCCCCAUCGCGUUCGACGAAACGGCGGGCUCCAGGAUGGGUGUCCUCCGUCUGGAUGCCAGCGAUUCGUCCGAGAUGCUCUGGUUCGACAUGCCCCAGACGUAUUGCGCCUUGCACGUCCUCAACGCGUGGGAGGAAACGAUGGAGAAGACGGGAGGGCCAGCCGGGAUAGCUCCAACUAAAACUUCGGUGAUCAAAAUCCACACAUGUGACAUCAGUCGCCUGACGAUGGACUUCCGCAAGCUUUCGCAUGGUGUUGAUCAAGAUGAAUUGGCCAUCCUGCACACGGUCACUCUCAACCUGGACACCGGCGAGGUCACUAGAGAAAGCGUUCUCCCUUCUUCAAGGACUUUGUCCGAGGGGAUGGACUUCCCACAGCUCCGGCGGUCCCUCGUGGGAAGGAAGAACAGGUUUGGGUACUGCACCGUCAUGGACAUGAAAGGCGACGCCAUCGCCGAGGCCAAGAUCGACCUCCAGGCGGCAACGCCUAAACAGGCGCAAGUCGGGCGAAUCGACUACGAGGAUGGCUUUGUGGGCGGCGAGUGCAUUUUUAUCCCUUCCAAGCCCGACGACGGUGACGGUGACGGUGAGCUUGCGGGCGGAGAGGAUGAUGGCUACCUGGCAACCUUUGUGAGCCGGAAAGACGGCACUGGGACCUCAGAGCUGCGUGUUUUCGACGCCAAGACAAUGAAUUCGGAGCCGGUCGCCGCUGUCAAGCUACCGGCGAGGGUGCCCGCUGGGUUCCAUGCAAUUUUCGUCCCCGAGGCCGAACUCGCCACACAACGGCAGUAA